AUGCAAAUUUCCACCAAAAUAAAUGCUAGUCCAAAGGGUGGUCUUUUUAGUGACACUAUUGUAAGCCCGAAGAAUGCUGCCCAAGUUUUAGCAAUAGUCACUAGGAGUGGGAAGACCCUUGGUGAUCACUUGAAAGAAGAUUUGGGUGAAAAGAUGCCUAAGGUUAAGUCAAAAACAGUGCCACCACAAUUUCAAGAAGAAGAUGUAAAGGAACUAAUGGAAGUUGAUGAAAAGGUGGUUGAAAAUAAGAAACUACAAAAUGAUGUGAUGGCUAUAAUCCAAGUCCAUCCCCCAUUUCCUCAAAGGCUUCAUAGAAAAGAAAAAGCUUAUGAAGAAGUUGAUGUCAAAGAAGAAGCUCAUCAAAGUGACACGAUCGAAGUCACCCAUGGUUUCAGUGCUAUCAUGACUAGCAAAAUUACUGAAAAGAAGGAUGACCCCAUAGAUUUUACCAUCCCUUGCACCAUCAGAACGCAUAUGUUUGCAAAAGCUUUAUACGACCUCGGUGUGAGUAUAAACCUCAUGCCUUUUGUCAUUUACAAAAAUAUUAGAUUGGACAGCUCAUCUCCAAUAUCAAUGAGACUUUUAAUGGCAAAUCGGUCGAUUAAGAGACCGAUCAGGAUUUUGUUUCAUGUUCUAGUCAAAGUGAAUAAAUUUAUACUUCCUGCGGACUUCAUAGUUUUAUAUUGUGAAAUGGACCAAGAGGUUCCCAUCAUUCUUGGUCAACCUUUCUUAUCCACUGGAAGAGCCAUUAUUGACUUGGAUUUCGGUGAGAUGAGGUUUAGAGUUUAUGAUGACGAGGUCUUCUUUCGAGUAUGUAAAACAAAGAAACAACCUGUAGAACUUCAAGUGAUAUUUGUCAUUGAUAUUGAAAUCGAAGAAAUAAAUUAG